UGUUUCCUUUCUUGAUUCUGAAGCCUGUCUCUUUACGCAAUACCCUUCCACAUUUCUUCAAUCCAAAGAACUCUAAAAAUCAAGUUUUCAAAAAAAAAAAAAAAGAAAGGAACUCUAAAAAUCAAAAACCCUCAUUUCAAUCUUCUCCAAACCCCCCGCACACUCCACGCCUAAUCCAUUUUUCAGGGGAUUUGGUUCGAUCCAAUUGAAUGGCGCAUAAUUAAUCUUCAUAUUGAAAUUCGAUCUCCGUUCUUCGAAUCUUUUGCCAUCGCAAUCUCAAUUUGUCCGCGGAUUUCGAUUAUUUUUCUUUAGUUUAAAGCUCUUUUGACUUUUCAUGAAGGAAAGAAGUUGAAAGUUUGUGAAUUUGAUCAUAUUGAUUAGGAGAUAAUAAAUUGAUUGUGGAAAUCAAGGGUUGUUGUUUAGAUUAAAAGGGGAUUUGGAGAUAUGGAUUCGAGUAGGAGAGCGGUGGAGUCGUACUGGAGAUCGAAGAUGGUCGAUACUGUAACCUCCCAGGAAGACAAGGUAACGCCUGUUUACAAAUUGGAAGAGAUUUGCGAGCUCUUGCGGUCUUCUCAUGUCAGUAUCGUUAAAGAGGUAUCAGAAUUUAUCUUGAAGCGGCUUGAACAUAAGAGCCCCAUUGUUAAACAAAAGGCUCUGAGGUUGAUAAAAUAUGCUGUGGGCAAGUCAGGUGUGGAGUUCAGGAGGGAAAUGCAAAGACAUUCAGCUGCUGUACGCCAAUUAUUUCAUUACAGGGGUCAGACAGAUCCUUUGAAGGGGGAUGCCCUUAAUAAGGCUGUGAGGGACACUGCUCAUGAGGCUAUCUCUGCUAUUUUUUCAGAGGAGAAUAAGCCAACAACUACUGAAGAUCUUAACGAACGGAUACAAGGAUUUGGGAAUACAAAUUUUGAAAUGCCAUCAGAAGAUAGGAAAUCGUUUCUUAGUGAGGUAGUUGGUAUUGGAAGUGCAUCUAUUAAGCAGGGACUUAGUAACUUCACACAAGGCCAUUCAUUACGAAAGAAUGACAAUGGAAGCUACAAAGGUCCUAAUCUUCGUAGGUCAUUGACCAUAGAAAAUGAUCACGCAGAUAGAUAUGAACCAGUUCAGUUACGCAAUGAAACUCAGGGUAGUUUUGGAGUUUUGAAGAAUGCAACUAGCGGACCUUGGGGCCAGGACAUUAGGGUCUCAAAUGCUGAGACAAAAAAUGGGGGCUCCAGUUCAAGUUAUACAGAGAGUAAGACUCGUGAGGAGAGAUUAUUGGAGACUAUUGUAACAUCUGGUGGCAUACGUCUACAACCCACCCGUGAUGCCAUUCAAGUUUUUCUAUUAGAGGCAGCAAAGUUGGAUGCACGUGCCCUAAGUCAUGCCCUUGAAUCUAAGCUCCAGUCUCCUGUGUGGCAGGUUUGCAUGAAAGCUGUGUGUGUGCUUGAGUCAAUACUGAGGAAAAGGGAUGAUGAGCAUUUUUCAAUUGUAACUUCAUACUUCUGUGAAAAUAAGGAUACUGUUGUCAGAUGUACUGAGUCUCCUCAAUCUUCUCUAAGGGAAAAGUCUACGAAGGUAUUGAGCCUUUUGGGUGGGGAACGGACAGGUCCCUUUAUGGGAAAUUCAGAAAAGUCAGUUAAGGCUGAGACCGCUUCUGUUCAGAUGCCUGACUUAAUAGACACGGGAGAUUCAAAUGAUUUCUUUGAAACAAAUGAUUCUAUAAAGGAGCCAAUUGAUGAGAAGACGGCAAAUCUGACAAUGCCCACAACAAAUUUAAUUGAUGACCUAUUUGGAGAUAGUUAUGAUGGUGGGAACUCCAGAGAACAAAAAAAUGAUGAUGAUCCCUUUGCAGAUGUUUCAUUCCACACUAAUGAGAGUAGAGAACAUGCAGAUGAUCUCUUUUCUGGGAUGACUGUUGACAGUAAACCAGGCACUAAUGAGAAUCAUAUGCCAACAAAUAAAAAUGGAACAGAGCCAUUCGAUAUUUUUGGGUCGAAUGCUGAACUGACCCAGGAGCAAGGAAAUUGUAAAAUGGAUGUUAAUGAUUUAAUGGCUGGUAUGUCCAUUAAUGAAAAUGUCCCAAAGAUGAAUCAACCAGGAACCACAUCUGUGGUGCUCCCAGAAAGUAUCUUUGCAGAUCCAAGUAAUCAUUCUGGACAUCAGCUCUCAAAUGAUGCUUUAACUAGCAUACUUGGUUCUCAAGCGACCACAAUGAAUGCAAAUUCAAUAUUUCCUUCUGGUACUAUGACAUAUAAUAUUCCUCCUGGCAUUAUGUUGAAUCCUGCAUUUCGUACGCAGCCUGUAAAUUAUGGUGCCAUGGGGAAUUUUCUUGCGCAUCAGCAAUUUCUGGCUACAAUGUCCAACUUCCAACACUUAAGUAACCUCAAUGCACAAAAUCCUGGAGUUAGUAAUGUUCUUGGUGCUAAUGGAGGUGGAUAUUCUUCAGCCUUUCCGGAUAUUUUGCAAUCAAAUUAUCCAAAUCAAGCUCCUAGUUCAUUGAUGAACAACUCAAAGAAAGAGGAAACCAGAGCAUUUGAUUUUAUUUCGGACCAUCUUGCAGCAGCACGUGAUCCAAAGAGGGUGGCUUAAAUCUUUGAACUUCAUAUGUUUCACCUUGAUGGGCCUCCUCUGGUUCAAUAGUGCAUUUAUUUGAAGUGAAUAGAUCGAACCAGGUAAAACAUUCUUUGGCAAUAAUGAAAGUUUAGGAUUGAAAGUGAUGAAGGCGUGGGGAGAUCCCGGAACUAGAUUCUGUAUUUGAGAUUAGGCAGAGAGAUGUGGUUUCAAGUUUCUUGUUCAUUUUCAGCUUGUGUUUUUGUGUUUCCCCACACUCACAGGAAUGUCUGUGGUACAAUGUAUUUGAACAUAGUUAAUAAAGAUGAUGUUAGUGAUGUUUAUUGCUA